AUGGAAGCAGCGAACAACAACGCGAGCCAGAACCGAGUUGAGAACGGCGAAGCAGGACGUCGACGGAUACGCAAUCCACUGAUUCUCACCACCGGCGCCGGCGCCAGAGGCAUGAAUGACAAUAUUGACUGGCAUACUUCCAUAGCUUUGGGUUUCCAGCAUUUCCUGGUGAUGCUAGGAACAACUGCCCUCAUCCCAUCUAUCCUAGUCCCGAUAUUGGGUGGCGGCCAUGAGGAGAAAGCUACACUGAUCCAGACCAUCCUUCUUGUUUCUGGCAUCAGUACCUUAUUGCAGAGCUGGUUUGGCAGUCGCUUGCCAGUGGUCAUGGGAGGCUCCUACGCCUUUAUUAUCCCUGCUAUAUCUGCUUCCGUUAGGUUCCGGACAGAGGAACCACAUCUGAGGUUUAUAUAUAGUAUGAGAGCUAUACAGGGAGCUCUUCUACUUGCAUCACUCUUCCAUGUUCUUGUUGGAGUCUUCAUCAUGCCAACUUUUGGGAGACUAUUGAGCCCGUUGACUACCAUACCUGUAGUGAUGCUAGUCGGACUUGGUAUGUUCGUUUAUGGGUUCCCUCAGUUGGGCACUUGUGCCGUAGUCGGACUUCCCACAUUGGCGACGCUAUUUUUCAUAGCACAGUGCCUCCCCUAUCUUGUGUCCAGAUCUAGAGAAGAACAAUGUAACAGAUUUAGCUUUCUUCGUUACUUGAGGGCAAACCCAAAUGAAAUUCAACGAUUUGCACUGCUGUUCUUAGUACCCUUUGUGUGGCCAUUUGCAGUAAUUAUGUCUACUGCAUAUGGUCAUACUCAUAGCAGUUGCCGCGUUCAUUUGUCUGGACUUUUCAGCGGCGCUCAUGGAUUUUGGAUCCCAAAUCUAUUUCAGUGGGGUUCUCCCACUCUUGAUAUUCGAGAUGUGGUUCCCAUGGUGGUUGCUGUUUUGAUUUCCGCUAUUGAGUCUACAGGCACUUUUUUGGUGGCAUCGAGGUACGGGUUGGCCACCCCUCCUCCACCUUUUGUUCUCCGUCGAGGAGUUAUAUGGCAGGGCAUAGGCACCUUAUUAGCGGGGGUUUUCGGCACAGGGAUUGGCUUUACAGCAUCAGUUGAAAAUGCCGGGCUACUAGGAUUGACCAGGCAAGGAAGCAAGCGAGCCGUACAAAUUGCCGCUGCAUUUAUGAUUGGCUUCUCUAUAUUAGGAAAGUUUGCUGCAUUUGUUGCUUCUUUGUCAUUGCCAAUUGUGGGAGCAGUGUAUUGUCUCCUCUAUCCAUAUGUGGUUUCUGGUGGUAUGAGCUUCAUCAGGUUCUGCAACCCUAAUAGUUAUAGAGUGAACUUCAUACUAGGCUUUCCGGUGUUUUUGGGCAUCUUUGUGGCUUCAUACAGUCAUGAGUCUCUCCUGAUUUCUGUAGUGGGAUCCUCAUGGUGGAGCAACACUGUACAGCUUAUUUGUUCAUCUCCAGCUUUAGGGGCAGCAGCUGCUAUCAUCAUGGAUAUCGUCGUGGAUAAGGGAGACUUGGCACAAUUCAGGGAGAGUGGAAGAAUCUGGUGGGCACAAUUCAGGGACAUUGAAGAUGAUACCACUUCGUUCUAUUCCUUACCUGAAAAGAUUAUUUUGAUGGCGAUUUUAUGUCUUACCCAAAGGAGGGUUCUACAAUUUCAUCAAUGGAGAACCAUCGUCUUCAUCACGACACCCCCAUUACUUAUCAUGUCGUGAAGGUGAACGUGGCUGACAAUUUUCUGCUUUAUAGAAUAACAAGGAAGUUGGAGAAAAUUGACGGAGUAAAUUCGGUCUCGGAGGGGCUUUAUGAAAGAAGGAUAGGACGUUGGUGUAUUUCAAAGAUAACAGUUUGU